AUGUUGCACUUACUGCCAGCAGAAAUUGCCUUGCAGGUUGUAUCGUAUCUGCCCAUUCAAUCCGUGCACAAAAUCACCCAAGUGUCUCAUGCAUGGCAUGAUCUGAUAGCCGUGAAUGAAAAUGCUGUCUAUCGCAAUGCUGCCAUCCUUCACCGCUUAGUAUACGAGAGCGAUUGUGGAGAUUUAGCGCUGCAACCUCCACGCUCGGGGACCAACUGGAAAUCAUUUUGUCGUCGUGAGUUCCAGAUGGAAUGGGGUUGGAGAGGAAAGGUUCCGCCAUGUAUCGAAGAGCUUCCAGCAUCCGGGACCAGUGUACAUCGUAUCAAAGUCGAUGAGGAUCUUGGAUUAGUGAUCACCACCGGUCAGAGGGGAGGGCUCUUGGUAACCGACUUGAAGGGCAACACCCCGCUUUGGGGUCUUCCUCCCUCUCACGUUGCUGAAUAUGCCCACUGCGAAUAUGAUCACGGGUACAUCAUAUUCAACCGACACGACAAUUGCAAGGAAGUCUGGCGCCGUGCGCUCGAUUCACCCAACGAAGAUCACUGUACUCUAUCCCCUCCAGACUCAGAUAUGCUUUCGGCGUGGACGGAUGGAAUCCCCCGCUGGCAUGCUUCGACUCGUCAUGGCCACUUUAGACCCUGGGCACUUCUUCGCAUGCCAGAACACACUCGAGCUUUCCGCCUCUCGCAUCUGACUUUACUGGCUUCGGCUGCAGAAAAUGCCUAUUUGUGGGACGUCUCACAGGGUCGCCUGGUUGAAACCAUCGGUAGCAUCCAAAAACGGUACCACCAUCAAACUCUUGGCCAUAUCCAUUAUGUGGAAGUGAAUGACAAGUAUGCGUUCAUAUGCGGCUCAAAUCAACUUAGAAUCUUUGAGAGGGGCGGUGGUGCACUGGUCUACGAUCUUUCUCCGAGAGAUCUCCUCCGAAAAGUAUGGAGUGUUGAAGAGCAUCCGCCAUUCGAUUCCUCCGUUGUGAAAUGCCAAAAGCUUGUGGAAAAAGAUCUGAACUCAACUACGGAUGACCAAUUCAUGGCAGUGCACGUGUCAGGCAACGGAAAAGAUAUUGCCGUGUUGACGAUUUGUGGGGUGCUUAUCAUCAUUCCCGGGUUUCAACGCAUCAUCUCGGGAGAAGCUUUACUGCCAGAUAUUGCAGUACAGCUUCGUUUCCCCCCAAGUAGUGGCGGUCUCCAGGAUACGGCAAUAUAUCUCGCAUUGAGGGAGAAAGAUGGUAAGGUUGCGGUUGUUACGCGCAAAGGUCUCUACUUGGUGUCUCCCGAAGUUGAAUUCAGCACCCUCACGGCUGAACGUCCUCCUCGGCCGGGCGUUGUUGUUAGCAGUCUCACCAACUUUGAGGACAGUCGGCUGUUGUCCUUCGUAUCAUGUCUCCAGAUCACGCGAACGGGUGUCUAUUUCAACUGGAAACCAAGC